UUGAUUGUGGCUAAAUGAAGAAUUUGCCAUUCUGAGCCACCAAGCGCCACCUAGAGGAAGACUAGUUUUGUCUACCAGGAAAUAGUUGAUAGAGAGCAACAUUUUCGUCUCAGAAUGAAACGCACACACACACACGCCGUUUGAGGUUCAAGGAGCAACACUUCCACUUAGCAAGAUCUGGAUAAUAUACUGUUUCCCAUUCUAAAUACAAAAACGAUGACACAGCCGGCAGACUCCAUUCUACACAGCGGUUACUUUCACCCCACUCUCCGAUACUGGCAGACCUGUGCUUCAGACCUUAGACCAGAUAACCUCAUAUAUCCUAUCUUCAUUACUGACUGUCCUGAUGCAGUGGAACCAAUUGCAAGUCUACCUGGUCAAGCGAGAUAUGGCGUUAAUAAGAUAGAGGGUUUACUUCGUCCCCUUGUGGAUAAAGGCCUGAAGUGUGUGCUGAUUUUUGGAGUUCCUGCAAAUGUUGCGAAGGAUGAGAAAGGCUCUGGUGCAGACACAGAUGACACUCCUGCAGUCCUGGCUGUGAAGAAACUGAGGAGCACAUUCCCUGAUCUUGUGUUGGCCUGUGAUGUGUGUCUUUGCCCCUACACCUCUCAUGGUCACUGUGGAAUCCUGCGUGAAGAUGGCAGCUUGGAUAAUGCUGCAAGCUGUUUGAGGUUGGCUGAAGUAGCUCUGGCUUAUGCUCGAGCAGGUUGUCACAUCAUCGCCCCUUCAGAUAUGAUGGAUGGACGAAUUGCAGCCAUUAAGCAAGCACUAAUCGCUAAUGAUCUUGGCAACAAGGUGUCAGUGCUGAGCUACAGUGCUAAAUUUGCCUCCUGCUACUAUGGACCAUUCAGGGAUGCUGCCCAGUCAAAACCUGCUUUUGGAGACAGACGAUGCUAUCAGUUGCCCCCUGGUGCCAGAGGACUAGCACUUCGGGCCUGUGACCGGGAUGUGAAAGAAGGUGCUGACAUGCUGAUGGUGAAACCUGGAUUACCAUACCUUGAUAUUGUGAGAGAGGUCAAGAAUAAGCACCCUACUCAUCCGCUGGCAGUGUACAACGUAUCAGGUGAAUUUGCCAUGUUGUGGCAUGGAGCUGAAGCUGGAGCUUUUGUGCUGCGCACUGCAGUUAUGGAGGCUAUGACUGCCUUCCGUCGAGCAGGAGCUGACAUCAUUAUCACCUACUACACUCCACAAUUGCUCACAUGGUUAACUGAGUAAUCUGUUGGUUCUCCUGUGAGAAUAAACUUGGAUUAAAGCAAAUCUACUCUCUCUCCCUGAGAUUAGAAAUUAGGAUUAGAAAUAAAAUCACAAGCAAAUAUUAGUAUCCAAAUCAGCCUUUUCACAAGAUUUUUUUUAAUAUAUAUAUAUAUAUAUAUAUAUGACACUGUAAACCAUGCUUUAAAUAGAGUUUUUAUAUGUUACUUUGAUGAUAAACCAGGUGAUGGCUCAACACUAUUAGGAAUGGAGCAAAGAAAAGAGAUGAUUACCUGGGGAGAACAAGAAGAGGAUGAGUUAAUAAAAAUUAAAGACCUAACGAACGCCCAUUGGUUGAGCAAAGUUAGGGGGCAAGGUGUAAGAGAAAAUGAAAAUUUUGACUGAGAUUGUUAGAUGUUCUCCGGCAUCUCUGCUUUGUUGUCUACACCAAUAAAGUCCAAGUUUUGCCAUCUGGAA